AAUGGCUUCCCAUCUGAUUCGGUAUAUAGAUAGCCUAUUAAUAGUAAAGAAUACGAGACUGGCAAGUUUUUUCUUAUAAAUAAUGAGAAUGGAGCUACAUAAGAGAUAACAAAAACUGGGGAUUUCAUCAAGAAAUUUAGUUUAGAUUACACUGGCAAAUAAGGAUUUAAAAGUAGAAUUCUAUAACCUGAUCCAUGUCAUUAUCCUUGUAGUAUAGAAUCAUUAACAUAAUUUCCUCCAUUUUAUAUACCUUAACCUGAUAAAUUUGAUGGUUAUGCUUAAUUGCCUCGUACAUUAUAAAAACCUUUUUAUAAUAAUGUUAUGAGAUAGCGAUCUGAUGCCACAGUUGAAAGUGCAAUCGAAUUUGUUAAAUAACAAUCUUUUAAUAACAAACACUAAAUAGAUAAACCUAUUAAACAUAUUACAGGAUCUAUGAAUGAUUUUAAUUUUGUAUAAAAUUUGAAGAAGAUUAAAGUGCUUGAACAUCGUAAAAGCACUAAAUAAAGAAACUUUACUAAUCAUAUCAAUAGUGUCAAAGUUAUAAAUAAAGAAGAAAUACCUCCUCCUAAUCUCACUUUGCUUAGGAGGAGCAGAAUCAAAUCUUAAUUAUUACCUAAAACUCUCCCUUUUGGAAAUAAUAACUCUAGAGAACCUUCUGAAAUUAGAAAUCUCGUCCCCUUAGAAGAUAGAGAAAUUAAAAGUAUACAUCAAUAUCAAUAAUACUAAUCAGAACAUAAAGAAAGUGACAUUAUGUAUCAAUCUAGAACUUUUAUUAAAUCUUAAAGCUAAUCAAAAAUCUCUAGAAAUGAUUUACAUAAUUCUCAUCUUACAUUAAAUCACUUUCAAGAAAAAAUUGAUAUUGCUUAAAAAGAAGAAAAUGCUUAUAUUAUACCAUAACAAAAAGAAAAACUAUCUAUUUCUUGGAAAGGUAGAUUUAGUGCUAUUAAAACUAAAAGUAAUGGAGAUUAAUAUGUCACAGAUCGAAUUAUUAUGAAAUUAUGUAUUAAUGUUUAAUAUUUUAUUAGUUUAGCCAGACCUAUUUAAAUGA